AGUUAAACUUAAAAGCCCACUUCACCGGUGGAAAUUUGUAUUGCAUUAAGGUGGCAAUGAAGCUGGAAGGCCGAGUGCGGCUGCCGGGCUUCCUGCUGGCACUUCGCUUCCUGGCCCUGGUUCUCUGGAGCUUCCCUGGAGCCAGGGCCCUGGACAAUGGCUUGGCGAUGACCCCUACGAUGGGCUGGCUGCACUGGGAGCGCUUCAUGUGCAAUGUUGACUGCCAAGAAGAGCCGGAUUCCUGUAUCAGUGAGAAGCUCUUCAUGCAGAUGGCAGAACUCAUGGAGUCAGAUGGCUGGAAGGAUGUAGGUUAUGAGUACCUCUGCAUUGAUGACUGUUGGAUGGCUCCCAAAAGAGAUUCAGAAGGCAGACUUCAGGCAGACCCUAAACGCUUUCCUCGUGGGAUCCGACGCCUUGCUGAUUAUGUCCAUAGCAAAGGACUGAAGCUAGGAAUUUAUGCAGAUGUUGGAAAUAAAACCUGUGCAGGCUUCCCUGGGAGUUUUGGACACUAUGACAUUGAUGCCAAGACCUUUGCUGACUGGGGAGUAGAUCUGCUAAAAUUUGAUGGUUGUUACUGUGACAGCGUGGAACAUUUGGAAAAAGGUUAUAAGCGUAUGUCCUUGGCCCUGAACAGGACUGGCAGAAGCAUUGUGUAUUCCUGUGAGUGGCCCCUUUAUAUGUGGCCUUUUCGUAAGCCGAAUUACACAGAAAUCCGACAGUACUGCAAUCACUGGAGAAAUUUUGAGGAUGUUUAUGAUUCUUGGCAAAGUGUAAAGAGUAUCUUGGCCUGGACAUCUUCUAACCAGAAGAGAAUUGUUGAUGUCGCAGGACCAGGGGGUUGGAAUGACCCAGAUAUGUUAGUGAUUGGUAACUUUGGCCUCAGCUGGGACCAGCAGGUAACUCAGAUGGCCCUGUGGGCUAUCAUGGCCGCUCCGUUACUCAUGUCCAAUGACCUCCGACACAUCAGCCCUCAAGCCAAAGCCCUCCUUCAGGAUAAGGAUGUAAUUGCCAUCAACCAAGACCCCUUGGGCAAGCAGGGGUACCGGCUUAGAAAGGAAGACAACAUUGAGGUGUGGGAACGCCCACUGUCGGACUUAGCCUGGGCUGUGGCUAUGGUAAACCUGCAGGAGAUGGGUGGACCUCGUUUUCAUACCAUCUCUAUUGCUUCCUUGGGUCAGGGGUUGGCCUGUAUUCCUGACUGCAUGAUCACACAGCUCCUGCCUGAGAAGAGAAAGCUUGGGUUUUAUCAGUGGACUUCAGAUUUAAAAACUAAGAUAAAUCCCACAGGCACCGUUUUACUUCGGCUGGCAGCAACCUAGCCUACACUUUUUAAAAAGCCGCCUUUGUUGCGGCCCCUGUGGCUCAUCUGUUAAGCCUCUGACUCUUGAUCUCAGCUCAGGUCUUUAUCUCAGGGUCCUGAGUUUAAGCCCCUACUUCAAAAGGAAAAAAAAAAAUGUGUAUUUUGUUGCCAAGUGAUUCCCCCACUGGUGUCUCCCUUUUCUUCCAUUCCCACUUUAGCUGUCCUCCUUUCCGUCAAUAAAAUUUUCCUCAGUGGAGUUUUGUAAAAACUUCUAAAGGUAUCUUUAGACAACAUUUUGGGGAAAAGCUUUUGAAACAAACUGAAAGAAUGUGCCAGGCACUGUUCUAGAUGUGUUAAGUAUAUUGAGCCAUCUGAAUCCUCACCAACAGCAGAGGCAGGUACUUAUCCACUACAAACUGCAGCCAAGAUUUCAGCCCAGACUUUUAACCCUUCAACUUACCACCUACUGAGGUGCUUGGAUGGCACUGCUUAAAUACAAUCUUAGCCCAAAGGGAGGGGAAAAACAAAGCUACUUGAAGGGCAAAAAAUAGCCCAGCAGGAAUAACCUACAGAAGCAACCCAAGAGACCACGUUACUGAAUUUUUAUGGAACCAUCUCAUCAAGACACACUCCACCACACAGGUUUCCAAAUCCUAAGGUGGUUUGCAGUCUAGAUCCAAAAAAAGCACAUGGCUUACUUUUCACCAGCAAGAGUUGAUACGUUAUGAUCUCUGGCCAGAACACCCUCUCCCCUUUUAAGUUGCCUCCUCUCUAGGAUGUGAUGAGGCAAUGAUCUUCAGACUGCGGCAUGUGGGAAUGGAUCAUUUUUUUUUUAAGGAGGUGGUGCAGGAGAAUGCCAAGCAGGCUCCACACCCAGCGCAGAGCCUGAUGCGGGGUUCCAUCUCACAACCCUGAGAUCAUGACCUGAGCCAUAAUCUAGAGUCAGACACUUAAGUGACUGAGCCACCCAGGCGCCCCAGGGAAUGGAUCAUUUCAAAGGCAUUUCCAGACAUUAGAAUUCCCUUUUCCUCCCAUUGAUUUGCCUGAGGACCAAUCUGUAGUCAAAGCUUCAAGCCUGCUCAUCACCUCUCCCCUUUCACAAUCACCCUUCUCCCACAUGACCAACGGCAGCAGCUCACCCAGGCUGAAUGCACAACAGCACAAAAUUAGCAAGGGACAAAGACCCUCAAAAUACAAAGUGCAUGUUUAACAAUU